AUGUAUCCCGCCGCAAGGUUCGCCGUAUCGAGAUAUGUGGGACUCCGGGUUCCAUGUGGCAUAAUUCCGCUUGCGCCUGCACGGGGCGAGAUCGGCCGUGGAGGUGCAAAGUGUAUAAGAGAGAUAACCCCAAAACGUGUGGGCCAGACACGGUAUCAAAGUAGCGUUGCACAGGAAACUCAAACCAACACCCAGAUCCCCACACCACCUACUGCCACCAAACGACCCCUCUACAUCCGGCUUCCAAUCGCUCUCGUCCUCACUCUCUUCACUUUCGCAGCAGGCUUCACCAUGGCCGGCGCACCCGCAAUUGAAUCCAUACGGGCUCUCGCCGAACCGCCCAGCGACGAAGAAACACUCACCCUCUUCACCCCCUCGUCUGCUGAAAUCGCCGACAUCGAGAAGAGCAUCUUCACACACGCCUUCACCAAGAGCCUGCUCGAAGACCCCACAUACAUUGCCUCGCGGCCGCACCUCAAGAUCCCCGAGCAACUGCGCGCCCAGAACCUGACGGGCGGUACACUGCUCGGCGCCGACAAGAUCGCGGUGCCGCCGCUGCAAUUCAGCACCGCGGACGGCAGCAAGUUCGUCUCGGUCCAGUAUCUCGGGUCCGCGCUGUGCGGGCACCCGGGCAUCGUGCACGGCGGGCUGCUGGGCACGCUGCUCGACGAGGGCCUGGCGCGCUGCUGCUUCCCCGCGCUGCCCAACAAGGUCGGCGUCACCGCGAGUCUGAAUAUCACGUACAAGGCGCCGUGCAUGGCGAACCAGAUUGUGGUGCUGGUGGCGGAGACGACAAAGGUCGAGGGCCGCAAGGCGUGGGUCAAGGGGCGGCUGGAGACGCUGCCCAAGGCCGAGGGGGAGAAGCCGGUUGUGCUGACGGAGGCGGAGGCGCUGUUCAUUGAGCCGAGGCAGGCGGCGCAGAUGAAGAGGGUGGUUAACUAG